UUUUCGCAAUACAAAAGCCUUGAAAGUAGCCGCGACCCACCAGCUUCCAGAGAGAGAGAGAGUUGAGUUGAAGGAGAAGAGAAGAGUGAACGAAGCUGAAGCUCUUCAUUGGCUCUCCAGCCGCGGCAGACGGGGCAUUAAUCAGACAUCAAUUUGUCUCCAGGUUGCAAAAUGGCUGCAACAACAGCUUCUACCUUUCUUGUUGGAUCAGUUUCUCCAUACGGUGCCCAGGCAUGCAUGGAUUCAAAACUCAAGCCAUUCAACGUGAAAUUCAACUCAGGCAACUGUCUUAGGAGUUUCAGUGGUCUUAAGGCAGAAGCAUCUGUAAGUUGUGAAACGGAGACAUCCUUCUUUGGCAGAGAAAGUGUGGCUGCUCUUAGGGAUUCUUUUGUACCAAGAGCUGUAAAACAAAACCAGAGGAGCAUCUGUUGUGUUCGGCCUCAAGCUUCAUCCUACAAAGUGGCCAUUCUUGGAGCGGCUGGUGGGAUUGGUCAACCCCUGUCACUUUUGAUCAAGAUGUCCCCAUUAGUUUCGGCCUUGCAUCUUUAUGAUAUUGCAAAUGUUAAGGGAGUUGCUGCCGAUAUCAGCCACUGCAAUACUCCUUCUCAGGUGCUUGAUUUUACAGGGGCUUCUGAAUUGGCCAAUUGUUUGAAAGGUGUAGAUGUGGUGGUCAUACCUGCUGGAGUUCCAAGAAAGCCGGGAAUGACCCGUGAUGAUCUCUUCAAUAUUAAUGCCAGCAUUGUGAAAUCCUUGGUUGAGGCUGUUGCAGAUAACUGUCCAGAAGCUUUCAUCCAUAUCAUCAGCAACCCAGUCAAUUCUACUGUCCCCAUUGCAGCAGAAGUCUUAAAGCAGAAAGGUGUUUAUGAUCCAAAGAAGUUAUUUGGGGUUACAACACUGGAUGUAGUUAGGGCAAACACUUUUGUUGCACAGAAGAAGAACCUGAAGCUUAUUGAUGUAGAUGUCCCGGUUGUUGGGGGACAUGCAGGGAUCACCAUCCUUCCACUGCUUUCAAAGACGAAGCCAUCUGUAAGUUUCACAAACGAAGAAGUGGAGGAGUUGACUGUAAGGAUCCAAAAUGCUGGGACAGAAGUGGUAGAGGCCAAGGCAGGUGCUGGGUCUGCCACACUGUCAAUGGCAUAUGCAGCUGCAAGGUUUGUUGAGUCCUCCCUCCGUGCUCUUGACGGGGAUGCGGACGUCUAUGAAUGUGCUUUCAUCCAGUCAGAGCUGACUGAGCUGCCAUUCUUUGCUUCAAGGGUUAAAAUGGGAAAGAAAGGGAUCGAAGCUGUGAUAUCUGCGGACCUGCAGGGACUGACUGAGUAUGAGGCCAAGGCUCUGGAGGCACUUAAGCCAGAGUUGAAGGCUAGCAUUGAGAAGGGUGUGGCAUUUGCCAACAAGCAACCAGUGGCUGCAUGAGUUAGACCGUUGGAUCUACCUUACAUCAUUACUAUCCAGUGUUAGAAUAGAAUAACAAGAUGGUGGGAAAAUUGCUGCAGUUUAUCCAUCGUGCCGGUGAAGCUGCAGUGUUCUAUCCAUUCUGUGUAUGCUGUGAAAGUGUCUUAGUGGGUCUUUUUACAAGGGGGAAGGGGUUGGGAAUAGAAAUUUUGUAGGUCUCAAGAGUCAGAGAUAGAUAGAUAGUUGAGGUUCAGUUCAGGUGGAGAGAAGCAGAAAGCUGUGAUACCCACACUCUCAUGGUGGUAGUCCGGAAAUAAAACUGCAGUUGACUUACAGGAGAGAAGAACUUUACCAAUUCAUUUUUUUUUCUUUACCAAAAGAGAUAUUUGAACAUGCUUCUUUUCUUUAUUACCCUGUUGCCUGCAUUUGCUUUGAUCUACCAAAUUUCCCGUUUUAUUUUCUGUUGGAA